UUUUUAUUUUCAUGUUGACACUAAGAAAAUCAAGUACCAUUUUCAUAAAUCUUAUCACCCCCUUUUGCCUUGUCCCUACAAAAGGACCAACCCCUCUUCCUCUUCCCUUCUCAACUUCUCCUGCAUCAAUCACAAUUCUCAACCCUCUUCAAUAUGAGAGAAAUCCUUCAUGUUCAAGCUGGCCAAUGUGGCAACCAAAUUGGAGGCAAGUUCUGGGAGGUGAUGUGUGAUGAACAUGGGAUAGAUGCCACUGGAAAUUACAUAGGAGACUCUCAUCUUCAACUUGAGAGGGUUAGCGUCUACUACAAUGAAGCAAGUGGAGGACGCUAUGUUCCUCGAGCUGUUCUUAUGGACCUUGAACCGGGGACCAUGGACAGCUUGCGAUCUGGUCCUUAUGGCAAAAUUUUCAGGCCUGAUAACUUUGUCUUUGGUCAAAAUGGAGCUGGAAACAACUGGGCCAAGGGGCAUUACACUGAGGGAGCAGAGCUUAUUGAUUCUGUUCUUGAUGUUGUUCGUAAAGAAGCUGAGAACUGUGACUGCUUGCAGGGGUUUCAAAUUUGUCACUCACUAGGAGGUGGAACUGGGUCUGGAAUGGGUACCUUGCUGAUCUCAAAGAUCAGAGAAGAGUAUCCAGAUAGAAUGAUGUUGACAUUCUCAGUGUUCCCUUCUCCUAAGGUCUCUGACACAGUAGUUGAACCCUACAAUGCCACUCUCUCUGUUCACCAACUGGUUGAGAAUGCAGAUGAAUGCAUGGUCCUUGACAACGAAGCACUCUAUGAUAUCUGUUUCCGAACACUCAAGCUCACAAACCCAAGUUUUGGUGAUCUGAACCAUUUGAUCUCAACAACAAUGAGCGGAGUAACGUGCUGCCUCCGAUUCCCCGGCCAACUCAACUCCGACCUCCGCAAGCUGGCGGUGAACCUCAUCCCCUUCCCGCGGCUCCACUUCUUCAUGGUGGGUUUCGCGCCGUUAACCUCCCGCGGCUCGCAGCAGUACCGGUCCCUGACGAUCCCGGAGCUGACGCAGCAGAUGUGGGACGCGCGCAACAUGAUGUGCGCCGCCGACCCCCGGCACGGACGGUACCUGACGGCGUCGGCGAUGUUCCGCGGGAAGAUGAGCACGAAGGAGGUGGACCAGCAGAUGAUAAACGUGCAGAACAAGAACUCGUCGUACUUCGUGGAGUGGAUUCCGAACAACGUGAAGUCGAGCGUGUGCGACAUUCCCCCCACCGGCCUCUCCAUGUCCUCCACCUUCAUGGGCAACUCCACCUCCAUCCAGGAGAUGUUCCGGCGCGUCUCCGAUCAGUUCACCGUCAUGUUCAAGAGAAAGGCUUUCUUGCAUUGGUACACCGCGGAGGGCAUGGACGAGAUGGAGUUCACGGAGGCUGAGAGUAACAUGAACGACUUGGUCGCUGAGUACCAACAGUAUCAAGACGCCGCCGCCGUGGAAGAGGGAGAGGUUGACGAGGACGACGAGGAUGACCUCGCUGCAUGAGAAUCACAUCAAACACGUGUAACUGUGUUUGACAUCGGAAUAGUCGAAAACUACGUAUGAUGCCAACUAUCUAAUAAUUUCUCUUCCUUGUUCAUGUCAUGAAAUGCAAGUCUUUGUAUAUGGAAGGGAAGGGUGUGUUACGUAUGUGUAUAGUUAUGGUUUGAUUGAUUAUUUGCAAUUUGAGUGAGGAAUAUUUUUAAGGAUUUUGCUUUGCUGUUUUUGUUUCUCAUUGCCUUUAAUUGUUGUGGGUUUUUGUUUUUGUUGUCAAUGUUAAUGCUUUCCCAUA